AUGUUGGCAAGAAGAAUCACCGCCCACGAGCCAGAUGGCGUCAAGUCCAACGAUGCGCGCAUCCAAGUCGAUCCCGUCUCGCCCCCUAACGCCAGCAGUGCCGAGUCUCUCGCAAGAGAAAACCGGCCCACGGCACCGCUCCUUUGGAAGAUCUGCGCCAUCCUCCUCGUCUCGUGCAUCCGCUUCGGCUCGUCCUGGAGCUCGGGCAUCACAGGCGCCAUGAAGACGACCAUGAAGAAGGAACUGCACAUCAACAACACGCAGUACUCCCUCCUCGAGGCCGCCGAGGACUUCAUGACUAUGAACCUGAUCCUGCUAAGCGGACCUGUCACGGACCGCAUCGGUGGCGCGGGAGCUAUUGUAUACGGCAAUGUCAUCUACUCUAUCGGCUCGAUCCUUGUCGCUGCCGCAGCGCAAGUCCGCAGUUUCCGCUUCAUGAUCGGGGGGAGGGUCAUUCUGGCGCUUGGCGAUAUUGCGACCCAGGUUGCGCAGUACAAGAUGUUCUCGAGCUGGUUCCCGCCGAACAACGGGUUCGCGUCCAUGUUGGCUCUGGAGUUGGCAAUUUCCAAGAUUGGAGGGUUUGCGGGGAAGAGUUCUGCGAACAUCAUUGCCAAGAACACGGGCGACUUCGCCUGGGUUUUCUGGGUUGCCGUAUUUAUGAACAUUUUCACCAACGUUGCCACCGUGGCCUUUCAAUAUUUCAACCGAGUUGCUGAGAGAAAGUUUGGAUCCAACACGGAUCCGGCGACAGGCGAGAAGCUUACCGAGAAGAACAAGAAGUUUGAGCUUGCGAAGAUUAUCGAACUCCCCUGGGUGUUUUGGGGCAUCCUGGCCUUCUCCCUGUUCCAGACUAGCACCGCUCUCGUCUUCAGCCAAAAUGCGACCGAACUCGCCGAGCAGCGUUUCGAUGUCGAUUCCAUCACGGCCGGUUGGUACACGGCGCUGGCCCAGUAUGCUGGCUUCUUCAUCGUGCCGUGCUUGGGCAUGUUCAUUGACGUGUUGGGAAAUCGGAUAUCAUUGAUGGCAUUCUGCGGAGCCGGGAUCUUCCUCUCUAUGGCACUCGUGAACUGGGCCACGGAUACCAAAGGCACGGCGGCAGCGUUUGGCGUCUAUGCCGUGGCCGCCUCUUUUGGUCCUACGUUGAUCAUCGACGGCAUCAGGACCUCAAUGUGGCACCAAUCUGUGUUCGGCUCGGCAUACGCACUGAAGAUAGUUAUGAACAAUGCUAUGAACAUCAUCGUCCGCAUCGGAACGGGUGUCCUGCAAGACGAAGACAACAACUCGUACGGCCGUGUAGUCAUUGUGUAUGUUGCCCUGGCCGCGAUGUCCGUCGUAGUGGCUCUGAUUUUGCUUGUCAUGUCUUACCGCACCGUGGAUCUUGGACACCUGCAAUGGACUAGGAAGCAGCGCAAUGCGAAUGGCGAGCUGUGGAACGAACGAAAGCGAAUGUUCCAGGAGGAGAACGGUGUGCGUAACAAGAGAAUCUCGCGCGGAUGCUUCGCUUGUUUGCUGGUCCUCAUGACGGGUGGUUGGGUUGCAUUCUUCUGGGGAGUCGCGACAGGAAACAACUCGUAG